UGUGAGAAUUUUCUGUCACUUUAAACUGACAGACUCCGCCCCCCUCAUCACUUCUCUGCCCCGUGAUUGGCUGGAUCAUCUCAGCUGAGGAUCUCACGCCUUCAGAUAUACAGAGAUGUGAGAACCCGAGAGCGAGAGAAAGACUGAUUUGUGUUGCAGUUUCUUUGAUCCCAGAAAAUGUGUAAAUCCUCCAUCAGUCACCCGGGAGGUCAGAGGAGCAGGAGGUGGUUGUCUGUUCCUCGUCUUUCUAUAAGAAGACGGAUUGGACAGUUGCGAUCGCCUUUCCUGCGAGAACGCUCGUUGCAGAUUCUGAGACCUUUGGCAAAAGCCGGAAUCCCCCAAACCAGCCGAGUCAGCAAGGCCGUCUACAGUAGAGCUCCAACUCGCCUUCUCUCUCGUCUUUGGGGCCUAGUCAACGAGGUCAGCCUGCCUCACUGGUUGCGGCGUCCCCUCCUCUCCAUGUAUGUCUGGGCCUUCUCCGUCAACAUGGAAGAAGCUGAGAUAGAAGACCUGAACCGCUACAAGAAUCUGGGGGAGCUUUUCCGACGUCCACUCAAGUCCACAGCCAGAGUCAUCUCCGCCCACAACGCGGUCAGUCCCUGCGAUGGUCGGGUCCUGCACUGUGGCCGGACUCGGGGCUCACAGAUCGAGCAGGUGAAGGGAAUCACCUAUUCACUCGAGAACUUCCUGGGGCCACAAGACUGGAGAGAACCGGCCAACGUGAGUCUGCCCUUCCUGCAGCAGUUGGGUGUGCGUCCCGCGAAUCGCCUCUUUCAUCACGUCAUUUAUCUGGCUCCUGGAGAUUAUCACCGAUUUCAUUCCCCAGCAGACUGGAGCAUCCAGCACAGGAGGCACUUUCCAGGUACUCUGCUGUCGGUGAGUCCCAACAUUGCCCGUUGGAUGCCGGGUCUCUUCUGUCAGAACGAGCGCGUUGUGCUCAGUGGUCAGUGGCAGUUCGGCUUCUUCUCUCUCACUGCUGUAGGAGCCACAAACGUGGGAUCUAUCCGGAUCUACGGAGACAAGGAACUUCACACCAACCACUCUCGUCACGUGAAGGGGAAGUAUCAUGACCACAACUACACGGAGCAGUAUGGCUCCUCCGGCCUAAACUUGACCAGGGGGGCCCCUCUAGGAGAGUUCAACUUUGGCUCCACCAUUGUGCUGGUGUUUGAAGCUCCUCGCCAUUUCAAGUUUCACGUGAAAGAUGGUGGACGCAUCUUCAUGGGGGAAGCCCUUGGGACCUUGUGACUGGGGCUCUAAGAGGCUGAGCUCCAGUAUUACCUCCCCUCAGGGUGCAGGACACACCCACAAAGUGUUUCUAUUUUAUAACUCUGCCUUUUAUGUACUUAAUAAAGAGAUUUCCUAAUAAAA